AUGGAAAAAGCCAGCGUCGGCCAAUGGAGUUUGUACAAAGAGGUAGUUCAAGACAACAUCGCUGGUGGUGCCUGGCAGGCCCUCCUGUUCACGACCAUCUUCCUAGCAUCCGUCUUUGCGCUGUACUGGAUGGCAUGCAUGCCCAGUGACGACAAGCAUGAUGGACGAGAUCACAGGCUGCUGGCAGGAAGGCCUCACGGCCAACAAUUGCUCCAGUCAGGCAGACAGAUGUACCCAGCGAUGUCCCAGCGCCCCACCCUGGAAGCUGGCUCGGUGCGGUCCUUGAACCCAUUGAAUCCGCCACCAUCUUCAAUGAGAAUGACUGCGCGCAAAUCUACAGGUGACAACUGGUACCCGGAGCUGCCCACCAUAUAUCCACCCUUGGUGAUCCCGGCUGCUCACACGCGGCUUGCAGUACCAGUUUCGCCGCUAUUUCACGACCAGUUCGAGGUGGAUGUUCUUGGGCUCUCAGGCGUACCACUACUUACAGCAGCGCUCGUUCUGGAGAACGGCUUGCGAAAGGUGCAGAUCUCCUUGCACAGCGCAGGCACUCUCUUGGCUAUUGUCACCUCCGCCAAAGAGGUUUUCGGCAGUGACGGAACUCACUUUGGAAUGCUAGUCCAGGAGGGCGACCGUCCCGAGUGCCUUCAGCACACGCUUCGUGAUCGGGCCGGGCGACCCCUCCUCGCUGUCAGCACGCGUCAGGACCGAAGGGAUUACAAGAUGACCUCCAUCUCUGGAGGAAGAGUGAUUGAAAGGGCUACAGCAGUCCGUCGACCAGCAGGAAAACUGCCAGCAGAACACUACGAGGUGGUCGCCAAUCCAAACGUGGAUGCGGUGCUGGUGCUGGCCUGUUUCCUUGCAGUUGUGGUCUUCAGGUCCUCGCAAAGCUCGCCGGUAGCCAGAUCCGGUCGGCCAUCCACCGCUGAGAACGCAAACCUCACAGGACGUUACUGGGGCUACAGAGAGGAUUGA